AUGGCAUCUGCCCGAGCAAAGUUGGCGGAGUUGCGUGCUCUGCGCGCUUCAGGAAAGAAACGUAUAUCGACGUAUGAAGUUGAAGAACAGGACGAUAUCUACGAGGAGGUCGACGACGAAGGCUACAAGAAGAUUAUCCGCAACCGGCUUGACGAGGACGAUUUCGUUGUGGACGAUAAUGGCGAAGGAUAUGCCGACGACGGUCGAGAGGACUGGACGGUAGACUACCAUGACAGCGAGAGCGACGACGGCGAUUUACCUGCCAAUGGCAAGGCUGCUAAAAGGAAACGUGAGGAAGAUAAGCAGAGAAAGGAGAAAAUCAAUAAUGGCAUAUCCAAGUAUUUCAACAAGGGGAGCGGCGCAUCUGCCCCGAAGCCGAAACCGGUCGCUACUGCCGAAGAUGAAGCAUUCAUGGCUGAUCUCCUUGGUGAAGUUGAUACCAACGUUGUCUCGAAUCAUGUCCCAACACAAAAUGUGAUCAAGUCUGAAACUCGACGCAAAGUUCGGGUCCUUUCCCCUCCUUUGUCCCAUAGACCACGUCCGCAGAAGAAACAGACGAAAGAUGAGAACAGCGACCCGAUGUCGCCGAUUGGCCAGAAGCCGGACCUGGACCUUGAUAACGAUGACGGGCCUCUCCCGGUGGCAGACGAUGACGACGUUCCCAUGAGCGACCCCAUGCCGUCAUCUCCCGUCAGCAAGGCCGUUGAAAGGAAAACGGCUAUUACUGUAAAAACGGAGGACCCCGACGAAGAAGACAAUGAUUUGAUGGAAAUCGCAGAGGUCACCGGGCAACACGAGGCUAAGACGACAAGCGUCAACAUGGCCGGAAGUCGGCCACCACCCAAGAUCAAAAAAGAGGCCUAUACCACCCCUGCGAACUCUUCUCCAGUGAAAGCGAUGCCAGAUGUUGCAAAUGCUUCGUGGAAUGAUGUGAGGAACAAGCUGAAUGUCCUCAGUAGCCCAGCAUCGGAAACGCGGACGUUCGGAAAACUACGUGCGCAAGAUGUUGUGGAGGAUGAUGGAAGCCUGCGUAUGUUUUGGAUAGACUUUACCGAAGUCAAUGGCAGCCUCUGCUUAUUCGGAAAGGUUAGAAAUAAGCAGACUGGAAACUACGCGAGCGCAUUCGUCAAGGUCGACAAUAUCCUACGAAAACUCUAUUUCCUUCCACGAGAGUAUAGACAUAAGCAUGGCCGGGACACGGACGAAGAAGUGGAUAUGGAAGACGUCUAUAACGAAGUUGAUGGUAUGAUGUCGAGACUCAAGGUUGGGAUGCACAAGAUCAAGCCAUGCACAAGAAAGUAUGCUUUUGAGAUGCCCGGCGUUCCCAAGGAGACCGAAUACUUGAAGUUGCUAUACCCGUAUGAUAAGCCCGCUCUGCCCAUGGAGACCAAGGGAGAGACCUUCUCUCAUGUCUUCGGUACCAACACCUCCUUGUUCGAGCAGUUCGUUCUUUGGAAGAACAUCAUGGGACCCUGUUGGCUCAGGUUUGAAGGAGCAGACUUUUCUGCUGUUAACAACGCCUCAUGGUGCAAGUUCGAAUGCCAAGUCUCGAAACCAGCGCUUAUUUCUCCAGUUCCAGACUCUGAGAACUUAGAGGCACCUCCUCUCACUUUGAUGAGUCUUGCCUUCAGGACGCAAUUGAACGUGAAAGAAAAUAAACAAGAGAUAUUAAUCGCAAGCGCCCGAGUGUACGAAAAUGUUUCUCUUACGGACACAACACCCCCAGAGAAGCUUCCUUGCAAGACUUUCACGGUGAUGCGACCUGUGGGUUCAUCAUACCCCAUGCAUUUCGAAGCUGAAACCAAGAGGCAACGAGGCACGUAUAUCUUGGAGAGGAGCGAGCAAUUCUUACUCAGUAAAUUCUUGGCAUUGUUUGAGAAAAUGGAUCCUGAUGUUCUGAUGGGACAUCAGCUUCAAGAGGUUGACCUUAGCAUCCUGCUCAACCGAUUGAAGGAAAAAAAGACUCCUGGGUGGCAUCGAUUGGGCCGGCUGAAGCGUGGAGAUUGGCCCAAAAAUUUUAACAGGGGCGGAGGUUUCUUCGCCGAGAGACAUCUCAUUGCGGGAAGAUUGAUGUGUGAUGUGGCCAACGACAUGGGCAAGUCCCUCAUGAUGAAAUGCCAAUCGUGGAGUCUGACAGAGAUGUGCAAUCUUUAUCUUGGACCAGGUAAUGUACGGCAGGAACUGGAUGGCGAAGCAGCAUUGAAAACUUGGGCUACCACCAAAGAUGGCCUAAUGAACUUCGUGAACCAUUGCGACACUGAUACCUAUUUUGUUGCCGCAUUGGUGCUGCGACUUCAAAUGCUGCCUCUGACUAAAGUGCUUACCAAUAUUGCUGGUAAUUCUUGGGCACGUACCCUUAGUGGUACACGAGCCGAGCGUAACGAGUACAUUCUACUCCAUGAGUUCCACCGGAAUAAGUAUAUCUGUCCUGAUAAGUACUCUGCCAAGCUACAGAAAGCAGAAGUAAAACUACAGGAUGGCGAUGACGAUGACGCCACGGACAAGAAAAAGAAAGACAAGUACAAAGGUGGUCUCGUUUUCGAACCUGAGAAAGGCCUCUACGAUCGGUUCGUUCUUGUGAUGGACUUUAACAGUUUGUACCCGAGUAUCAUCCAAGAAUACAACAUCUGCUUCACAACAGUGGAGCGGACUGCAACCGUAAGGGUCUUUGCUGAAAAGUCUUGUGGUAAACAGGGAAUCCUCCCACGGCUUAUUGCUACACUUGUCGGCCGUCGACGAGAGGUGAAAAAGUUAAUGAAAGACAAACGCGCAACACCUGAACAGCUUGCACUGUGGGAUACGAAACAAUUGGCCUUCAAGCUGACUGCUAACUCUAUGUAUGGAUGUUUGGGUUACACUCAGAGUCGCUUCUAUGCUCGUCCCCUGGCCAUGCUUACCACGUUCAAAGGUCGUGAGAUUUUAAGAAGCACAAAGGAACUGGCAGAAUCGAAGCAGUUGAGGGUCAUUUACGGUGAUACCGACUCCGUCAUGAUCAACACCAAUAUGGAUACGCUAAGCGACGCGCUGAAGGUCGGAGAGGAAUUCAAGAAAUCUGUGAAUGAAAGAUACCGGCUUUUAGAAAUCGAUAUUGACAAUAUCUUCCGUCGGCUGCUAUUGCAUGCCAAAAAGAAAUACGCCGCUAUAAACAUGACGGAGAUGGAUGGCAAAUAUGUGGACAAGUUGGAAGUCAAGGGUUUGGACAUGAAGAGGCGUGAAUACUGCGCCCUGUCAAAGGAGGUGUCUCAGAGGCUCUUGAAUGAGGUUCUCUCCGGCGAAGACCAAGAGAUCGUCCUCAAUCGGGUCCAUGACUAUCUACGUGACUUGGCCGGGAAGAUGCGAGAAUUCGCCGUUCCCGUCCAGAAAUAUGUCAUUUACACUAAACUCUCUAAACGACCGGAAGAAUAUCCUAACAAGGAGACGAUGCCGCCUGUUCAGGUUGCCCUCCGGGAGCUUGCCCGCGGCAAGUCAGUCCGGCCAAACGAUGUUAUCUCGUACAUUGUGACAAGUGGUGAUUCUGAAACAUCCUCCCUUGCGCCAGCAAAGCGCUCGUACACACUUCAGGAUGUGAUGAAACCCGAUUCAGGGCUCAACCCUGAUAUUGAAUUCUACCUCUUGAAGCAGAUUUUCCCUCCUAUUGAGCGUCUGUGUGCUCCAAUUCCCGGAACUGAUGCGGUUCGACUGGCCGAGUGCCUGGGUCUGGACGUCCGCAAGUAUCAAAUCAAUACUUCUAGCGGUGGAAACCAGCAGAACACGGACAUCUUCCCGCUGGAGUCACAAAUUCCGGAUUCUGUUCGCUUUGAAACUGCCGCAAGACUAACGCUGACAUGUCGGUCCUGUAAAGAGAAAUCAGUUUUCGAAGGGCUUGCAGCAUCAUCCCACAUGUGCAACGCCAAUGGCCUUUUCUGUCCGAAUACUGCUUGCCAAAAACAGUUUACUGUUUUGACAAUCAUCGCACAGCUGGAAAGCCAAAUCCGGGCCCAAACUUCCAAGUACUACGAGGGCUGGCUUGUCUGUGAUGACUCCGCGUGCGGUAACCGAACGCGGCAGAUGAGUGUUUACGGGCAUAGAUGCCUGGGUCCCCGGGGCCACGCUGAAGGCUGUCUUGGUCGGAUGUCCUACGAAUACUCAGAGAAGCAACUUUACAACCAGUUGCUGUACUUUGCUGGACUCUGGGAUGUGGAUAAGGCGCGGGUCGCCGCAGAGAAGGAAGCCAGUGGGGAGAAGAAAGACAGUGUCGUUGCUCUUGCUUCGUUUAACCGCGCACGGUUUGAGACGGUUAAAGGCGUGGUGGACGCGUAUCUAAAGAAGUGCGGGCGGCAAUGGGUUGAAAUGGACAGUCUGUUCCGGUUCAUGCUACCGUAG